GAGGGGGGGGGGCGCUUUAAAAGAUUAGAGAUUAAUCUCCACUCUACCCUUAACGACUCUAAAAUAACAAAGGGAUCCAGCCACAUUGUGCCUGAGAUAGAGAGAGAGAGAGAGAGAGAGAGAGAGAGUAACACGAAGUAGGGCGAUAUGCAGAAAGAUAGAAUGACAUAAAAAAAGCUUACGUACGCAGACCAAAGAAGAAGCGAUAGAACAGUAGCUAUGAAUUCGCAGGACUACGCGUCUGUUCACGGUCAUUUACAGGAUAGCCGUGGCCUAUUUUCAUAACGCGCUGAAUUAUGUAUUAUUUACGAACGAGACGCGGCCCCGCCGAACCUUCCCUCGUGUCUCUCCCUCUCUCUCUGGUUCGCUGUUACAGGAUGGAGCUGUGACGGUUAUUUAUCAGCACUCCAGGAGAAUGCGAAGAGCCUCGCUUUUUUUCUUCUUUUUUGUUUUUUGUUGAAUUCAUAAAAUAGAAAAAAGAACCUGUGAUCUCUGCAUGUUCUUAUCGCGGACUUUCAGUGCAACCAUUACAAGGGAGGGAGCUGCUGCGACCGACGCGCAUUUCGCCAAGACUGCGCUCUGCGUUUGCCGAAUACAUGACAGGGGUAGUAGAGUGCUGGUAGUGAUGUCGGUGACGGGGCAGCUGCAGCUCUUCCUGUGUGCGGUGGCCCUGCUGUUGCCCCAGACUCUCCCUGCGUUGGGCUGCCCCUCCGGGUGUCGCUGCUACAGCCUGACUGUGGAGUGCGGCUCCAUGGGCCUGCAGGAGGUCCCGCCCCAUGCCCCACCCACCACUCAGACCUUCUUCCUCCAGGAUAACUCCAUCGGUCAGAUCCGGCUGCAGGACCUGACCCGCCUGGGCCAGCUGCACUACCUGUACCUGCAGAACAACAGCAUCUCCGCCCUGGAACCCGGAGCCUUCCGCAGCCAGGCCCAGCUGCUGGAGCUGGCGCUCAACGGGAACCGCAUCCACCUGCUCUCCGCCCAGAUCUUCCAGGGCCUGGAGCACCUGCGCAUCCUGUACCUGUCCGGCAACCAGAUCACCCGCCUGCAGGACCACACCUUCCGCUGCCUGCAGCGCCUGCAGGAGCUCCACCUGCAGGAGAACAGUGUGGAGGUGGUGGGGGAGCAGGCUCUAGUGGGGCUGUCCUCGCUGGCCCUGCUGGACCUCAGCCGAAACAACCUGCGCACCCUCCACCAGGCCUCGCUGCGCCCCUUAGUCAGCCUGCAGGUGCUGCGUGUGACAGAGAACCCCUGGCGCUGUGACUGCGCUCUGCACUGGCUGCGCAGCUGGAUCGGCAGCGAGGGCCAGCGGCUGCUCAGCUGGGCAGGGCGUCGGCUGGUGUGCGCGGCGCCCCCCCGCCUGUGGCAGCGCCGCCUGGUGGAGGUGCCGGGGAACAGCCUGGUGUGCAUCCCGCCGGUGGUGAGGCUGGAGCCGCGGCGGCUGGCCCUGCGGCCCGGGUCCGACCUGCGGGUGUCCUGCCACGCCUCGGGGUACCCCCAGCCCCAGGUCACCUGGAGGAAGGGCUCCUGGGGCGAGGCGGGGCGCGGCCCGGGGCGGCCGGAGGACGGGGCGGGGCCGGCGGGGGUGGCAGGGGCGGCGGGGGCGGGGACCCCGGCCCGGGGGGCGGCGCCGGGCGCGGGACAGGCGGAGGGAGAGGGCGGGGAGCGUUUCGACCCGGACACGGGCAGCGGGAUGCUGUUCCUUAGCAACGUGACGGCGGCGCACGCCGGCCCUUACGAGUGCGAGGCCCGCAACCCCGGGGGCGUGGCCCGCGUGACCUUUCACCUCUCCGUCAACAGCUCGUCCCAGUCUUCCUCCUCCUCCUCCUCCUCCUCCUCCUCGUCCUCCGUCUGGCGCUCGCGGGGGCGGUACUCGUACCCGGGCGGGGCCGUGAGCCGAGAGCCGCUGCACACGCCGGGCAGCAUGGACUUCCGCGCCCUGGGCCCCGCCACGCAGGCCGCCAUCGCGGCGGGCAUCGCCCUGCUGGCGCUCACCGCCCUGCUGCUGCUCGCCAUGAUCUACGGCCGCCGCCGCCGCCGCCUGAAGAAGAGCCCGGAGGAGGGCGAGGGGGGGGGAGGGGGGGGCGGCGGCGGCGGCGUCCUGUACGUCAACGACUACUCGGACGGGCCCACCACCUUCGCCCAGCUGGAGGAGUACCGCGACGGCCGCGGCCACGAGAUGUACGUCCUGGACCGAGGCACGGCCGUCUGCCCGGCCUCCGGCCAGCGGGGGGCGCCCUCCCGGUCUCCGUCGCCCCCCGCCGAGCCCCCGCAGAGGCGGGCGGAGGGGGACGGAGGGGAGGCGGAGCCCGCGGAGGCCCUCUUCCUAAAUCAGAGCCUGCUCUUCGACACGCAGAUCGCCUACGAGAUCCACUGCUGACCGGGAGAGACUGCGCCCUCUUCUGGCCACUGCCGGCGCCGCUUCACCUGCUUCCGUGGAGCCAAGUUUUCGCUCUUCUGACCGAGGAGACAUGAAUGCUGCAAGACUUGUUCCGUGUCACUCACACAGGCCUGGGGGUGGGGCUUAUUGACAAUAUGGCUGUCCAGGACAGCCACAUUCCUGUUGCAUACGUUUCUUAAUGUAAGAGACCAUGCAGCCGUGCCUAUUCAUUUCACUGUGACUGAGGCCAGGAAAUUCAAAGACUUGGGCAUGUUUUUG